UCAAAUUUCAAAAUUGGUUCACAUUGUGGUGUAAAUUCAUCAUAUGCAUUUGUGGGAGGAAGAAACUGAUGCAAUAAAGUGUUUAUAUUGGGGAAUUUAAUGUAAUCAAGAAAGCAUAGAAGGUUCACUGAAACAAACAUGAAGUUUGAAGGCAACACUGGGCUUACAGAUAGAAACAUGCUUUAAAAAAAGGAAAAGAGCAUCUGAGUGGGAUGCUGAAUGCAGACGGGAGCAGGUGCAGCUCUCUCCUUAAAUGGAAAGCAGCCACGUCAUGUGACGCAUGAGCUGCCAACAACACAAGCAGCAUCGGCAGGAAGAGGGAGGCAGGGCAGGCAUAGAAGAGCAGCUCCAGCAUCACACAACAAACAUGAUGCUUCUGAAAUAUUAAACAGCGUCGAGACCAUGAGAUCUCAUGUUAGCGUGGGGUAAAAACUCACAGUCAGAGAGCAGCUGGAAACCACACAAGCAGGCCACUUCCUACGGAGGCUGACAUGGACUCUUCCUGUGCCCUCAACGAGGGGAGAACCUCUCCCCCAAACUCUCUCCUCAUUGGUGGAGCUGGAGGGGGCGGAGCUCAUCGGAAGCGGCGCACGCUGGUGGCCCCGAAUAUGAACUUGUCGUUGGACCAGAGCGAAGGGUCCCUACUUUCCGAAGACUUCCUGGAUACGCCUGACGAUCUGGAUAUUAAUGUGGAUGAUAUCGAGACGCCCGAUGAGACAGACUCGCUGGAGUUCAUCACCAACGGCAACGACCUGGAGUGGGAGGAUGACACACCCGUCGCCUCGGCCAAAGCGCCCCCUGCUGAAAGCGACACUGAUGGAGCAGGUGUGGACGGUGUCAACGGCCGUUUAUGGAGGACCGUGAUCAUCGGCGAACAGGAGCAUCGGAUCAACAUGCAGGUCAUACGACCCUAUCUGCGGGUCAUAUCUCACGGAGGCUACUAUGGCGAGGGCUUGAACGCCAUCAUUGUGUUCACGGCCUGUUACCUUCCUGACAGCAGCUGCCCAGAUUACCAUUACCUGAUGGAAAACCUCUUUCUGUAUGUGGUGAGCAGUCUGGAGAUGCUGGUGGCGGAGGAUUACCUGAUCAUAUACAUGAACGGAGGAACGCCGCGGAGCAAGAUGCCCGGCAUCAGCUGGCUCAAGAAGUGCUAUCAGAUGAUCGACAGAAGACUGAGGAAAAACCUGAAAUCUCUGAUCAUCACUCACCCGUCCUGGUUCAUCCGGACAGUCGUUGCAAUUUCCAAACCUUUCAUCAGUGUGAAGUUCAUAAAUAAGAUCCGUUAUGUGCACAGUCUGGAAGAGCUGGAAAAGAUUGUUCCUAUGGAUCAUAUCCAGAUCCCAGAGUGUGUCUUACAAUUUGACGAGGAAAGAAUGAAUGCUAGAAAAGAGAGAAUGGAGCGGGAACAGAAAGAGCAGCAUCAUCAAGAACAGCAACAGAAGCCCGUCAAUCAAAACGCAUCAUUAUCCCAUGACUGAUUUAUAAAAGAACCAAACCGCUCUCUGGACAACUGGAGACUGAAGAACCUGGACUGUGAGCGGACGAACAUGAAUGUUUUUGUUGCUGAUCUUGGGCCAUUUUUCAAAUUCCCAAAUUAUGUAUCAAUACACAUAUCAGACGACUCAAAACUGGUCUCAGAUCAGCAACAAAAUGGAAACUUUAAUCGAGCGUUGGCAGGUGAGAAGGUCAGCUGCUCUCACUUUCGUCCUCAAAGGCACAAUUUUAAAAAAGCAUUUAGAAAUCCACCAACAGAUGGCACUACGCACAGAGAAACAUCACUGUUUGGUACCAGGAUGUACCAUCAUGCACUGUAGCCUCCUUGCUGUUAUUGCUUUUUUGAAUUGGCUGUUCCCUGCUUGCUGACCUUGGAGAACGUCAUGUGAGCUGCCUCUAAUAGACGGGUGCGUCCACAUGUCGAUUUCCAAGCAGCUCUGUGCUUCUGUGUGUACAGUAUGAACCCAAAUCAGAUCUAACUUUCUUCCACUUCGCUGAUUAUGUUUGCCUGGAAUCCUUUCUUGGAUGCUUUUGAAUGUUUUAACCCCUUCCAUCUUGUUUAAUGACCAGCUUUCGUAAACAAUAAGUGCCAGUCAUCUCUGAAAACAUUUUGACAUCAGCUGUACUUUUAUGUCGCCUUAUGUUUGCUCUGAAAAUGGUUCAAAAUUAAACGUUCUGCUAUAUGUAUGACUCAA